AUGUUCUUCGCAACCGCAGAUUGCAUAGUCGUGAAGGCCACACCACUAGAACCCGGAAUCACAGCCGACGCGGUGGCCGGAGCCGCCAGAGAAGUAGCAGCAUCUUUUGGCGGAGACGAAGCCACUUCCGCCGGAGCCACAUUGCUCACCACCGGCGUAACUCCGGCAUUCCUUCUCCACGUCAGCAGAAUUUCUUCGCGGAGGGAGUCGCCACGACCUUCCCCGGCGCUUCGGAGACCUCCGUCACCGGAGAGUGGGUGUGGAAUUGGCCUUGGCCUUAGCCUCGGCGACUUCGGCCUCGGUUUCGGCGAGGAGACCGAUGGGGGCGCCGACAGGGGCGGACUGGCCCUCAGCGACGACAAUGGCAGCGAGGAUGCCGUCGUAGAAUGUCUCGAUGUCAAUGUGGGCCUUGUCGGACUCAACGACAACGACGCUGUCGCCUUUGGAGAGGACAUCGCCCUCGGACUUGACCAACGAGACGAUUUUGCCCUCCGUCAUAGUGGAGCUGAGGGCGGGCAUGAAGAUCUCCCUGAUCUUGAAAUUCACCAAGAAGGACGGACUCCGUCGACGGGGGUCCUAGAUCACCGCAGAGAAUGGGAGGCGGCGGGCGGCGACGGCGGCUGA